CCCGGCCCGCGGCGGCUCACACCGCACCCCGCCCCAGCGCAGCACCAUGCCCGUCUGCCGCCUCGGCCCGCUGGCCGCCGCCCUCCUUGGCCUGCUGCUGCUGGGCCUGCGCCCAGUCACAGGAGCAGAGAAAGCCGGCGUGUGCCCCCAGCUGCAGGAGACCGUGAAGUGCACGCAGGAGUGCGCCUCGGACAGCGAGUGCGCGGGCAACCUCAAGUGCUGCCGGGCCGCCUGCUCCAGCGUCUGCUCGGCGCCCAAUGAAAAGCAGGGUUCCUGCCCACCGAUAAGAGCUAACUUCCCCCAGCUCGGCCUCUGCUACGACCAGUGCCAGGUGGACAGCCAGUGUUCUGGCCAGAUGAAAUGCUGCCGCAACGGCUGCGGGAGAAUGUCCUGCCUCACACCCAAGUUCUGAGCUCCAGCCACCACCAGCCUGAGGAGUGGGGAGAGGAAGUUUCUGCCUGGCCCUGCCUUUGGCUCAAUCCCAGCUGCUCUCCCCUCUUUCUGGCCUCUGCCAUUCCCUCCUGGGCUGACUACAGCGUCUCCCUUUUCCAACCAAUAAAGUGACUGCUUUCAGCACA